AUGGCUUCCCAACUCAACUCCCAGCUUGCCGGCCAAAUCCGAGCACAAUCAUCAGAACGACAAUCUGCCUCAGGACUUUGUCUUUCGCAACAACCGUCUGCCUCUGCUGUCCAGAACCAGCGAGUGACCCAGAUCAUCCAGGCUAUUGGUCAUCAUCAGUUACCGUCUUCUGUCAAUUCCAACAAACGUUUCAGCAAUCAGUUCUACGCGUCUUCAGCUCCGUCAUCUACAGUCUCUCUGAAUCAGCAUUCUCGGUUAAGGAGACCUCCCGUGCCAUUGUUUAAUCAGAGCACCGGUCAAGUUCAAACCGCCAAGAUGAUGAACGCAGCAGACGUCGAUUUGGAUGACUUCAUCCCUUUCGAGGGUGGGGUUAAUACCGCUUUCUCGUCGCCAGCGAUUCCUACCGCCUUUGAUUUUGGUGGCAGCGCUCAUAGCUCCACCUCGAAUCUUGGGACCGUCUCGCCUCAUGAUCUCCUCGUCAAUGAGCCUUACAUGUCUGCACCAAACUCGGCUGCCCUCACGUCGCUGACAUCUCCAUCGAUAAACGAGUCUCCCGACUUUGAUGCUUUUGAUGUGUCGCCAAACUUUGGUUCUGCCGACUUUGACGGUCCUCCCAUCGACUCCUGGUACUCUUUGUUCCCCACUGACUCUGGUUCGGAGAAGCCUGUGGACAACUCCCCUGCUCUCCGAUCCGAGGAUUUGGAACCAGAGCGUCCUGCCAGCAACCGUAGGAAGUCUGGCGGUUCCCCCACCUCGGGGGCCCGCCACUCUUCAGUUGCCGGUGUUGCGCCUCGCAAGCGAGACAAGCCCCUUCCUCCUAUCAUCGUUGAGGACCCUAACGAUACUAUUGCAAUGAAGCGCGCUCGAAACACCCUUGCUGCUCGAAAGUCGCGUGAGCGAAAGGCUCUACGAUUCGACGAGCUCGAGGAGCGCAUUGCUAAGCUGGAGGCUGAGCGUGACCACUGGAAGAAGAUUGCUCUCUCCCAGUCCGGUCCUCAGUAA